AUGGAUCAAUAUGAGAUCAUGGAGCAGAUUGGCCGUGGAGCUUUUGGCGCAGCCAUUUUGGUUUAUCACAAAUUGGAAAGAAAGAAGUAUGUUCUUAAGAAGAUUCGAUUAGCCCGACAAACAGAACGCUGCAGGAGAUCUGCUCAUCAAGAGAUGGCGUUAAUUGCGCGGAUACAACACCCGUACAUUGUUGAAUACAAGGAAGCAUGGGUCGAGAAGGGUUGCUAUGUUUGCAUUGUUACCGGCUACUGUGAGGGUGGUGACGUGGCUGAACUGAUGAAAAAAUCAAAUGGACAGUGCUUUCCGGAGGAGAAACUCUUGAAAUGGUUCACACAACUAUUGUUGGCAGUUGAAUAUCUGCAUUCCAAUUUCGUUCUCCACCGGGACCUAAAAUGCUCUAACAUCUUUCUUACCAAAGAUCAAGCUGUUCGUCUGGGUGAUUUUGGACUUGCUAAAACUUUGAAGGCAGAUGAUUUGGCUUCUUCGGUUGUUGGCACUCCGAAUUAUAUGUGUCCUGAACUUCUGGCAGAUAUUCCUAAUGGUUUCAAAUCCGAUAUUUGGUCCCUAGGUUGCUGUGUAUAUGAAAUGGCUGCUCAUCGUCAUGCAUUCAAGGCUUUUGACAUGGCAAGCUUAAUAAGCAAGGUUAAUCGAUCGUCCAUUGGCCCUUUGCCUUCAUGUUACUCCCCAUUCUUGAAAACACUAAUCAAGGGUAUGCUAAGAAAAAAUCCCGAACAUAGGCCAACCGCGUCGGACAUGCUAAUGCACCCGUAUUUAAAGCCUUAUGUUGAUCAGCACCGCCCAUCCUAUAAUCCUCCUCCUGCAAAUUCACCGCAAAAACCUCUUUCUAUAGGUCGAGACACUCGGAAGAAUAUGGGUGAAAGCCAAAGUAGCAAUAGUUCUUGCAGCGACAGAGAUAACUUGAUGUCGACUGAGAGAAAUGUGCAGGAUAUUAUUUUCAAUAGCAACAACAAAGCUGUGGAUAGAGAUUCAGCUUCUAUUGAUGAUGACAACGACGAUGUCGUCUGCCGGCAGCUUCGGCUGAGCAAGGAUCAACAAAAAACUGGCACCAUUCCAGGAAAUACUAAGGAACAUGAGGUUAUGAAACCACUGCACAAGGAAAGGAGAUCUGACACUGAACCUAAGCAACCGAAAGCAAUUAAAAAAUUUAUGAUGGCUCUAAAAGAAGAAAAAGCUCGAGAAAGUAGUUCUUCCAUGAGAGGGAAUCGUACGAAAGUUAGCGGUGCAGGUAACCAGAGACUGCCUACUGAAGCAUCUCCCAAAAUCACUAAACCAAGUCCUUUUAAUUCUGGUCUUAAGGCUACUGUGGAGACACCACCGAGUUUAUCAGAAAAGGACUCUGAUUCCAAGAAACGAACAAAAGGAAUGCAUUCUUUGAAGCACCAGUUACCUGUCAUGGAAACCACUUCGAUAUCUAAACCUAGACACGAGGGUAUCCACCCAUCUGGCUCCGGUCCUGUGAAAACUAUUGCCGAAGAUGGAUAUUCUACGUGGACAAGAAAGAAAACCCCUCCGACCCUGGUCAGAAGGUCAUCAUUUUCAGGACAAAUGAGGCAAGUGCGCUGUGACACUCCAAAUAACAUGAAGAAUAAUAAUAUAGAGGUCGGUCCAUAUGACCCCCGAAAUCCUGAUGGUAUUUCCAAUCCAGUGCCUUAUUCAAGACGUUUUCAAAAGGCCAUAGCUGCAGCCUCGAAAGGAAUGAAGACAGACAGCAGCAAUUCUGCAUCCUCUUCAGUGUCAAUCCAAGGAUUUGAGCUUUGUGAUGAUGCAACGACUCCUAUUAUUCACUUGUCGGAUGAGAUACUUCAAAUCAAUGAGCAAUCCACUGAAAUUGAUAUCAUUGAAUCGCCACCCAGCUUUUCAGCCUCUUCUUCACUCUCUGAAAGGCUAGAAAAUCAUGGGAAUAACAAAAAAUCCAAGAAACAAGGAAUCACUAAAAUUGAAUCUCAACCUAGCUUUGCAUCCUCCUCUUCAUUCUCUGAUAGGCUGGAAAAUCAAUAUGUGGAAGAUAAUGGGAAUAAUGAAAAAUCCGAGAAUCCGCUAACCACUGAAAUUGAAUUCGCCGAGUCUCAACCGAGCUGUUCCACGUCUUCCUCGUCCCACAUUGAAAGGCUAACAUAUCCAUCAGAGGAAAAUCACGGAAGCAUGGGUAAGUCUACGUUAUCUUCUGUAGGAGCAUUUGAGGAACACUCAGAGCAUCGAGUUAUGAAUGCUGGUGCCUGUGAUGAGAAACUGACUCCAAUUGAAACUAUGGAGAUUGCAUUUACUUCCUGUGAAGAAUUACUCAAGGGAAAAAGGGAUUCUCCAACUAUCGACCCCAGUAGUAUGACUGAAGUCACGGUCCAAUCAAAAUUCACUUCAGCAUUUGAUACUGAUGAUAACUUUACGGUGAAGAAACUAGUUUCCAAGGUAAAAGAUCCUUCCUCUUCCACUGACACUCAUAUUUCAUCUAGUCUGAAGAAUUUGCUGUCGGAUAAGGGAAUUCUUUUGCAAAAUGCAAUAAUUGAAAAGCCAGCCGGUACUCAUCUCCCACCAGCGUUUGACGAUGUGAUACAUGUGAUACGCCACAGUAGUUUCCGAGUUGGUAGUGAACAGCAAGUAAUGGAAAAUGUCGAGAAAAAUGUAGAUGUUGGGAAGCUGAUAAAUUUUGCUGGGGACAAUGUUGAUACAAAAGAUCCGGCUCCAAAAUCACCCUGUGGCUCUGAAAAUACGACGACUCCAAAUCUUUCUGAAAAUCUUGUUACUAAGGAAAUAGAUUUGAAGACUCCCACCAAUCCCACUCCUGUGGUUCCCAAAUCAGAUUCACUAGUACCCGCAAAACCUAACUCUUCCACACCGGAGGAAGCCCCUGUGAAGGAAACUUUAGAUGUUACAUCCUUCAAGCAGAAAGCCGAGGCACUUGAAGGGCUAUUGGAAUUGUCUGCUGAAUUACUUCAGCAGGAUAGACUGGAAGAACUUGCUGUCAUUUUGAAACCUUUUGGAAAAGAAAAAGUUUCUCCCAGGGAUACAGCUAUUUGGCUUGCUAAAAGUCUUAGAGGAAUGAUGCUCGAGGACAGUGGACGAAACUCGUAA